AUCGUACAGCGACUAUGUUAUCAUUGUAACGCGUCAUCAUGUACAUUGCGUUGUGUAACACUUAUACAUACACAACACGUAUACAUGCACAAAUAUGAAUGGCAUAACAGUAAAUUGAUUAUAUAACGAAACUACAUCGUUCCACAUUGCUUUGUAUUAUUCAGUAAGAAAGAUUCUUCUCUACACCACGUCAAGCACUAUUACAGAAGUGGCAAAUUAAAAAUGUCGAAGCAGUGGCUUGUCGUUGGUAUAUCUGGAGCAACUUGUAGUGGAAAAAGUACGUUGGUUAAUAAGAUUUACGACAAUUUUCCAACAUCUAUUAUGGUGCGUCAAGACGAUUAUUUCUUGCCACCGGACGAUCCGCGUCACGUUAAGAUACAGGAAUUAAAUCACAUGAAUUGGGAAUUAAUAACGAGCCUGGAUAUACAGAAAAUGUAUUCAGAUGUUAUAAGGAUACUUCAAUCUCCUGAAAAAAAUGCAACGGAUCUGAAGACACUACUGAUAUUGGAUGGUUUUUUGCUCUUUAAACAUAAACCGAUUGCAGAUUUAUGUGACCGUAAAUACUUUUUAACGUUAACAAAGGAGCAUUGUUGGCAACGAAGAAAAAAUCGUGUAUACGACCCCCCUGAUGUACCAGGAUAUUUUGACAAAAUAGUGUGGCCCGAAUAUGUUAAGCACAAAAAUGAAAUUGUACAAGACAAAGAGUUGUACGAAAGUAUAACGUUCAUCGAUGGAACCAAGGAUAUGGAAAAAAUUUAUGAAAUGGUUUCCAAGGAAAUCAAUCAAUUAUUAUCUUAAAAUUAAAAAAAAAAUGUAAUUUAGUUUAAUCUUCUUAUAAUUAAAUUUAACUUGUAUAAGUAUUAUCAAUCUCAAACAAAAAAGUUUUUUUUAUACAUUCCGAAAGAUAUAAAAAAUUAAAUUGGCAUUGUAAAAAUGUUUAGUGUUGCAAAUUAAAAAAUUUCAAUAAUUUAUAAUCUUGUAAAGAAACGUCUAUUUUAAAUAAGAAAGUCUAUGUUCCAUGUAAUAUUUACCAAUCCACUUUUAUAUAUGCGUGCACAUGUGUAAAAUUAAAUGUGUAAAAUUUUGUGCCUUAAGUAAUAUUAAAAAUGCAAUCAUUUGCAAUAAUA